AUGCCUCACCAUCUUCUCGAGGUGGUCACGCAGGGGAAUCUGCAGUUGGAAAAGAGACGGCCAGAGGUUGAGGAAUGCAUGCAGUACUUGAAGAACAGGCCCAAUCGUCAACCGGGCAUUUACAUGCUCGAGCUCGUCCACGAGACCACGAAAGAGGCGCCCUCAAUCCGCAUACUUGAGCGGAUUCUCCAGAUCGCAACAGACUACGUCGAGCUGCGCGACCACGAUGCCGCCCGGCGUAUCGACGAGUACAUGAAGAUCAAGGAGCCUACGGCCGAGACAACUCGAAAUGUCUACCGUGGUCGUCGAGCGUACAUGGAAAGGCCGGAGGCUCAAGUCCCCAACUUCUAUCAACUCAAGGAUCACUUCAACGACCAGCUUAAGAAUACCAUGGAGAGCCCAUAG